AUGGCGGACGCUGGGUUGUCCAGAUCGCACACCCACAAUCUCUUCCGACGAUGUGUACAAUGCCCACAAGAGCCUCCCAGCUGCCCUUCAUGCGCUGCGGAUGAAACUUGUUCCUUGUCAGCUCAGUCUUGCAAUUCGUGUGCAUCCACAACCUGCGUCAAGAUCGAUAGCAUUCCAGGCCAGUCAUCGCCCAAAAAAUCUACUCCAAUUGGCGGAAUCGUGGGGGGCGUGAUCGGGGGUUUAAUCUUGCUGGCUGUUGUCAUAUAUUGCAUCUAUCGUUUUCGAGUUCGCAAGAAGAAGCGCGUGGAAAUAUGGGAUCCCCCCGAGAAACGGGACCAAUCUACCCUCCACCGAGCUCAUCGUCAAUCUACUAGAUCUGCGCACUCGAUUGCAUCGACGGUUCUCACGCGAGCCUCGAAUGUCAUUCAGAUCGCUUACAUACCUGGUGUCACGGUUCGAUCACCACCCGAGUCACCGGCACUUCUCGUUCCACCUGUUCCAGCCUUACCUGGCGGCGUAGGCAAUUCGGCAACGUCGACCCCUGCUCUCGAACAACACUUUUUCAUGCCAGGAGACCUUAGGGACUCUACAUGGUCUGACGCUGACUCGGUCGAUGCCCGCUUUAGUGUAGCACCCAGCCUGGCCCGCAACAGUGUGGCAACCACCAUUUAUCGAAGCGACGCAAUCGUCCCACCAAUCCCAGCACAACAGGCAUUCCGGGCGCAAGCAAAUGUUGUCAGCGUCAAAUCUGGCGCUAAUACCCCGGGGAACUCUUCCACGCCUAAUACCAGAACUCCUAAAAUUCCACAGGGCCCUAGUAUGGGAAGCUCAACAAGUUCGAUAGUGGCAAGAAAUGUCACGGCGAGGCCAAUUGAAGUAAAAAAGACCAAUUCCGGAACAAGCGUUCCGACUUUAGCAAACCUGGCAAAGAAAACGGCCCGUCAAAGCGGUACGCCAAUACCCGGCUCCGAAAAGAGCAUACCUAUCUACAGCGAUGAAAAAGAAGUGGUUGCUUCAAAGUCGACUGUGACUUCCCCUAUCACUGUUCUGAUGGAUGACCCUAUCUCUCCCAUCACAAUCCCACGACCUGCUUUUGCUGGCGAUCAAUCGACACGAUCGUCCUCGGUUAGCGCAAUCCUGCCUCCUGAUGCUCUGAAGCAGUCUUCCAGCAACAAUACCAUCAAUGCCAUGAUUGCUGAUGCGAUCAGUAGGGCAAGGGAUCCACAAGCCAUCGGGGUGACUAGUCCGACUUCACGUCCUGCGCUUGUUCAACAUGACUCGGGGCCGUUUUCAGAUUCCAACGAGGUCAAAGAAAACUUGUCUUGA